GGUGUGGUUUUCAGUCAAAAUGGCUACUGAUGAUGAAGACAAAGUUUUGCUGGCUGUGUGUGAUGUCAUUAAAGGCUCUACCUUACUCAAGGCUGGUCGAUCAGGAAAGCCACAUUUUAGGCAGUUCAAGCUAUCUAACGACCUCAGUCGACUGAUGUGGGAAUCAGCCAAGAAGAUGGACGCUGCUGUCCUCAUAUCACAGAUCACAGAGAUAAAAACCGGUCAAGUAACACCUGUCUUUCUCAAGAACCCGAUACCACAGUGUGAAGCUGUCUCCUUCUCUCUCCUUUACUCUGAUCGUUCACUCGAUAUAGUUUGUAAAGAUAAAAAAGAAUUUGAUACUUGGACGACUGCACUAAAGGCACUGAUAGUUGAUAAGUAUGACAACAAAGAAGCAGUUUCAGCUAAACUUGUAGAGAUGCGUGGCUCUAUUGUCUCAGAGGACAGAUUAGAAGUCCAGCUGGGUACUAUAAAGACUAAAGUCCUUCUCAAGGACAACAGCUGUGACCUUUACCUUUGGGGAGGUGGGGAUAGAGGGAGGCUGGGACACAAAGACGACAAGCCGAGGUUUUUACCAAAUGUUGUUGAGUCCCUUCUUGGUCAAAAUGUUACAAUGAUAGCCUGUGGAGGAUCACACACUAUAGCACUCAACAGUAAAGGUCAAGUGUUCUCGUGGGGUGCUGGCCCUCAGGGUUGUCUUGGUCAUGGUAACCUUAGAGAUAGGUAUUCUCCACUGAUGAUUGAUGGACCACUGAGAGACGUUAAUGUGGUUCAUGUAGCCUGCUAUGAGAAUCACUCAGCAGUUAUAUCAGAGGAUGGUAAUUUAUAUACCUGGGGAAAGGCCGGUCCUUUCCUAGGAUACAUGGAUGACUCCGUUACCAAACAGACCAAGCCUCGUCUUGUUGAUGCCUUAUAUGGCACUAGGAUAGUCCAGGUGGCUUGUGGUCGGUCGCACACACUAGUCAUUGAUGAGGAAGGAAGAGUCUACUCUUUUGGUAUCAAUAAGUUUGGAGAGUUGGGCCAAGGACACGAUAAAGCCAUAACCAAGCCCACAAUGGUGCCCAACCUGGUUUCCAUUUGUAAAGUAUCUUGUGGUCGACAUCAUUCUGCUGCUAUAGACGAGGACGGGGUAUUGUUUAUGUGGGGCUGGGGGGCAAGAGGCCAGCUGGGACAAGGGGAACCAAAGUCACUGUUCAGUCCUACUCCUGUUAAUGGAUUCAAUGAUCAACCUCUUGAGGAUGUAAGCUGUGGUUAUGGUCACACUGCAGCCAUUACCGCCAAUGGUGUUGCUUACUGUUGGGGUGACAACGCUAGCAGUCAGUGUGGAGUACCCUCUAGUGUCUAUGGUGAACUCUCUAGUCCUCGUGGUAUUGUCCUUCCCUCUGGGAUAAGACCCACUCAGAUCAACUGCGGAGCUAAUUUCACUGUCCUCGUUACUUCAAUAGGCCAGCUCUUCACGUGGGGCUGUAACAUGAGUGGACAGUUGGGGAACGGAGAGGCCAAGAAAACCUUUAGUCAGCCAAUGCCGGUAGAAUCACUGAGUGAGAAGAGAGUAAAGAUGGUUGCGUGUGGUGAGGAUCACAUUGGUUGUCUGGUCGGUCAUGGUUGGGUACCAGAUGAAGAAGUAAAGUCUUGUAUGGCUUGUAAGAAGAGCUUCACUGCCAUUAGGAGGAGACAUCAUUGUCGACAGUGUGGUGGUAUAUUUUGUGGCAGCUGUUCAACUAAACGCUAUCCAUUGCUUGAUAAAGGACACGCUGAUCCAGUCAGAGUAUGCGAUAAAUGCUACGUAUCACUAUCAUCAUCUUCUAACAUCAAAUAAUAACGAGCAAUGACUCCCUCUCUCUCUCUCCUCUUAAUCUUGUGUGUUAGUAAGUCAUUAUUUAAUGUUGCGUGUGCUUUAUUAUUUUAAUGUAAAUUUUUAGCGUGUUUUUGUGUACUUUCUUUCUCUUAAUUUUGUUCGUGUGUGUAUAUAAAUUUUGUACAUUUCUGGAGUGUGAAACUUAACU